GAACCGCGCUGUCUUGUGAUGUCAGCUGGACACAGAAUGCCCAUCGACGCGGCAACGCAGGGGCUGGUGGGAGCCAGGGCGUGAUGCCAGGCAUGGAAGAAUUCUCUCUCCUCAGCAUCUCGGGCCCACGGCUCUCCCCGUCCCUGAGCACCCUCCAGGACGCCACGUCCUCCCCCCCCACCAGCCUGCCAGGCCCCGCCGAGCCGGGCCAGCCGGGAGAGAAAAUGUUUUCCAAGCGACACCCGGACAAUGCUCAGACGGGGGCCACCGCGGAGCUGGCCGGCCCCGCGCAGGCCCUGGCGGCCCAGGCCCACGGCAGCCUCACCCGCCACGGCGUGGACACUCCGACGCUGACCCCAGACCAGCGGCCCCUGGACACGGGCGAGCCCCCCCGACGUCGGUGCAGUGUCUACCGGCCCUGGUUCUCGCCUUAUAGCUACUUCGUGUGCGCCGACCGGGGCAGCCGGCUGGAGGCCUCGGGCUUCCGCGAGGCCCCCUGGGACGAGGGCCGGGGGGACGGCUGGCCGGCCGAGGACGCGGGGGCCGAGAGCCUGGGCUCGUCCUCGUCCUCCCCGGAGCACGCCGGGGCCCCGCGCGGCCGUGCCCGGCCCGAGAGCGUCACCUCGCGGGACAUCCUGGCCGCCUGCCGUGGGCAGCUGGUACAACAGAGCGGCUACAAGUGCGCGGCCUGCUGCCGCCUUUACCCGACCCUGCACUCGCUCAAGAGCCACAUCCGCAGCGGUGCCCGCGAGGGCUUCAGCUGCAGUGUCUACUACCGCAAGCUCAAGGCACUGUGGGGCGGCCAGAGGGCGCGGCCGGGCGCCGGUGGCCAGCCCUGCUCCUAG